AUUCAACUCCGCCCGACGGUCGACUCAAGCCUCAAACAACAACUUUUUAAACACUGGUCAGCGUGACAAUGGGCUGGUGGUGGAAUACCUCUCCUAAGGAGAGCGAGUCUCAGACUUCGUCUCCCGCUCCGCCCGGCCUUCCCAACUCCCGUCUACCAUCCGAACCUGCAAAUGUGUCUGCACUGUCUACAUCAGCACCAACAGAGCAGCCCCGAACGUUAAGUCGCGAAGAGCAAGCCGACGCAGAAUGGAAGAGCUUAAUCGCAAGCCUCGAGAGUGAUGUUAACCAGCAUGCACAAAAACAACUGCAUACUUCACAAGACACAUCGUCCCCUAAUCCCGCAUCAUCAACUGACCCUCAAUCUCCACCGAACUCCAUCGCCCCCGACUCUCUCUAUCCUGAUACCAUGUCCUGUCGCUCCGCUUUUGAUUACGCCUUCUUCUGUCAAUCAUUUGGCGGUCAGUUUGUGAACGUAUACCGAUACGGUGAGCUGCGGUCUUGCAGCGAGCACUGGAAAACCUUCUGGUUCUGCAUGAAAAGCCGCAACUGGGGUGAGGAACAGCGCAAGAAGGCAAUCCGAGAUCAUAACCGGAAAAACGCUAUCAAAUACAAGACAGGGCCCAGCAGUGAGGAUGUCUGGGAUGUGCGUACUGAACCUGUUGGCGAGUGCUUCAACGGCGACUUCGCCGCGCUCGAAAGGGAGAUCAAGGCCGCCGAGGAGGCAACAGCCAGUCAGAAGGCGGCGUCGGCAGCAGGCGAAGCGACGUCAGCAUCGCCAUGAAAGAAAUUUCUCGUUCACUGAAUGCCUCUUCCCUGCCCCGUGUUAUGUUUAUAUCUUCUUUGUCCCUUUUUCAUGGGCAUGGAUGGAUGUCAGACUGUUGAUAUCAUGCUAGAGUUCCGAUACCUGUCCCUGGGGGAUGUUGUACAAUAGAAUAUCCAG